AUCAUACAUAGGCUGAAUUUGGAAAGAGGAUUGAAAUCCCUCCUCCACCUGAUUCCAGGUUUACAAUCCUGGGAUUCUACUCUCCUGAUUGAAAUCUGGUGCCAUUAAACACCACCUGAGUGCUGCAGCAGAGGGAGGCCAGGAAAUGAGGUGAGAAGCCAAGCAUCAAAAAAAGAGGAAGAGGGACAGCUUGUGAUUGAGACAGACGGCCUUUUGCUUUUCUUCCUUCAUCCAUCAUGUGUGAAAUGGGCGGUUUUGUUUGCCGAACAGAAUCUGCACAUUACCGUCUUUGCGACUUCGCUAAAACAGCUCUUAUCAACAUAUUCGUCUCCCCCUAUUCUACGGUCUGUGAUUUGUAUUGUGGUGGUGGGGUGGACACCGAUAAGUGGAAUGAAGCCCAGAUAGGUCACUAUAUUGGAAUUGAUGCGUCAUCAUCUGGUGUGAUUGAAGCACAUGAGAUGUGGGAAGGACAGAGAAAGCCCUACACUGCGGAGUUCUGUGAGCUGGAUCCUUGUUUGGAUAACCUGGACGCUUAUUUGCAAGACAAGGGAAUUCCAGCAGAUGUCGUUUGUUGCUUGCAACAUUUACAGCUCUGCUUCGAAACUGAGGAAAGAGCAAGAAGCCUUCUUCAUAACAUAUCAUCGUUGCUGAAGCCUGGAGGUUACUUUUUUGGAAUUACUCCUGACUCAUCAACUAUAUGGUCAAAGUACCAGAAGAACAUUGAAGCUUCACACAAUAAAGGAGGUAACGUGAAGCCUAUUGUGCCCAAUUGCGUGCGUUCAGAAAACUACAUCAUCACCUUUGAAACUGAGGAAGAGAAAUUCCCAUUAUUUGGCAAGAAAUAUCAACUGAAGUUCACUGGAGAUAUUUCUUCUGAAAUUCAUUGCUUGGUACACUUUCCUAGCCUCAUCAGGUUGGCUAGAGAGGCUGGACUGGAAUAUGUGGAAAUUCAAAAUUUGACUGAAUUUUAUGAUGACAACAGGGCACAAUUUGCAGGCCUGCUUUGUAAUGGUGGAAAUUUUGUGGAUCCUCGAGGAAAACUACUCGCUCGCUCCUUUGAUCUGUUAGGUUUGUAUACAACAUUUAUAUUCCAGAAGCCAGACCUGGAUCUUGUUCCUCCAAUUUGCACUCCAGUUUUGCAAGAUGCGAGCCGUAUGCAGAUGGAAUCCUCUGAUCAUGGUGUUGGUUUGUUUUUUGAGUUAAGAAACCCAACUCAAGUUCAUCAUAGUUCCAGAUUGCCGCAGUAUAGGGAUGACAGUAGUAGCUCUUACCCUCUCAAAGAGGGAGGAAGACAAACAAGCGGUUGGAGACAUCAGUCUGCCAUUGAGGAAGAGAAAAGCGGACAUGGGGAAGUCAUGGUUGCAAAUGGUGGAGUAAUCGAUCCUCCAGAGCCUCUCGUGGCAAGCAAGAUCACAAAGGGGAUCUUGGGUGCAGGACCCGCAGACCUGCGAUUUUCCGAACCCCUUUAACCCUUUUCUGUUAUUAUUUCGAGAGUGUCCAUUGGGGAUGAAGAAAAGCUUGGAAUGCGAGGGUGAUCACGUUGGUUGUCUCAGUGUGUUAAACCCAAUCCAGAAAAUGCUUGUGCCUUUUUCUAUGGUAUUGAAAAAACUAUCGGCUGUUUAAAUUUAGCUCAAAGACGUUGAUGACCAGGUUAUGUGCGUUAAUGAUGAUGAAUCUGUGUAUCUUGUUGCAAAACCAUGGGCAUGGAUAUUUGUUUUACAAACUCUACAUGACAUCCUUCACUUCCAUGAA